CGAGAUUUCCGAGGUCGCUGAUCUUGGAUCACACUGCUAGCCAGUUUCAGUAUCUGCUUCCUUGAUCUCAUCUUAAUAGAAAACUCAUCUUAUAACCAUGGAACCUAAUGCGGAGACUGCCAUCUCCAUCUGAUUUUUAAGCGCUGACGGAAACCGUGAUAUUCCCAUCGUCUCUCCUUUCAAUCCAACCGUUACCUCGCAGUGGAGAACUACUUUUGUGUCAGUCCACGUCGUUCGUCAGGCAUCCUUCGGGGGAUUGAAAGGACUAACGAUGGCAGAGAAUCCUGCUGAAGUAGCUCAUGGACCGUUCCUCAUUGGCGUUGUUCUCAACCUCGUUUUAUAUGGUAUUAUGACCACGCAGACAUUCUUGUACUUUACGACGUAUAAAAAAGAUCGGCUAUGGAUGAAGUUCUUCGUCUCUAUCCUAUUCAUCGCAGACACAGUCAGUGCAGUCUUGGACAUUGUGUAUAUUUACGAUUCUCUCGUUACUCAUUUUGAACCAUCAAUGACAGGUAUAACCGGUUCCAUGGUUCAAGCCUUCUUUGCUUGGCGCGUGUACAUCAUUUCAAAGAAUAUCUGGACAACCGUUGUUAUCCUUUCUUGUGCCAUAGCAGGGUUUCUCUGUUCGAUUGGCACUUCGAUUGCCAUUGCCAUUGUCCCACAGUUCUUAGAGUUCCAGAAAUUCCAAGUUGUUGUUAUUAUCUGGCUCGUGUGUGCUGCUACUGGGGACAUUUUGAUCACCACCUCACUCGUUUGGCAUCUGAACAAUCACAAGACAGGGUUUCGAGAUACGGAUGAUGUUAUCAACCGUAUCAUCAGGCUCACUGUACAAACUGGCUUCGUUACCGCGGUGUGGGCCGUUGUUGACUUGGUGAUUUUCCUCACAAUUUCUACUGGAAUUCAUCUCAUUUUCAAUGUCCCCCUGUCGAAACUUUAUACUAACUCGCUAAUGUCAAGUCUCAACUCUCGAGGUGGAUGGAAAUUCACGCGAUCGAGUGAAAACAGCGACAGUCAUAGAAGCGCACAUAGGGGUACGGAUGUUAUUCAGCUGUCAUCGGCAGCACGUCCUGAAGUAUUCGUCAACGUCGAGUCUCACCAAAUGGUAGACAUCGAAGAUAGCAAGACACCCGAUAGUUUCUUCCAUGACGCCAGUCACUCGCAUUGGGAGCACAAGAGCACCGUAAGGAGUGUUGUAUAGCAUCACCGGCUUGCGAUAUAUCGUGUAUGCCGAGGACAGGCUGGCAUGCAUCCAAAAAUAUUAUAAGUCCCACUCAAUUUGUGUUUUUUUUUUAUUUCGAAACGCUUUGUUUUCAUUUGUAUUUGCAUUGUAACGAUUACAGUUUUAAGAUAGAGUUGUGAAGGAAACUUACGAGUUUUCAGGAAACUCAUUUUGUGUGAUUAGGUC